AAAGGGGAGGUUGUUGGGGGUGUGGGGGCUGGUCCUCUGGAGGUCCAAACUCAUCACGCGGCGGUAGCACGAGAGAACUGGGAACGUCCCCUCCCCCGUGUCCCAAAUCCUCUGGGAGCCAGAACGCAAGUCGCAUCGCCUCUCUGAGCCUCAGUUUCCACAUCUGCCAUAUGGAGGCAAGAUUAUUGGUUCCAAGUUCCCCGAAGAGUUAUCUGGAGGGUAACGAUCCAGGCUAGUCCCCACUUAUGGUUGGACGUCCAAGGAAUGGGUUUAAGCGGCUCAGAUAACUCCUGCGACCCCACCCCAUCCCCAGGCCCGCUCGCCAUGGCCCUCUUCGGGGCCCUCUUCCUAGCGCUGCUGGCAGGCGCACACGCAGAGUUCCCAGGCUGCAAGAUCCGCGUCACCUCCAAGGCGCUGGAGCUGGUGAAGCAGGAGGGGCUGCGCUUUCUGGAGCAAGAGCUGGAGACCAUCACCAUUCCGGACCUGCGGGGCAAAGAAGGCCACUUCUACUACAACAUCUCUGAGGUGAAGGUCACAGAGCUGCAGCUGACAUCUUCCGAGCUCGAUUUCCAGCCACAGCAGGAGCUGAUGCUUCAAAUCACCAAUGCCUCCUUGGGGCUGCGCUUCCGGAGACAGCUGCUCUACUGGUUCUUCUAUGAUGGGGGCUACAUCAACGCCUCAGCUGAGGGUGUGUCCAUCCGCACUGGUCUGGAGCUCUCCCGGGAUCCCGCUGGACGGAUGAAAGUGUCCAAUGUCUCCUGCCAGGCCUCUGUCUCCAGAAUGCAUGCGGCCUUCGGGGGAACCUUCAAGAAGGUGUAUGAUUUUCUCUCCACGUUCAUCACCUCAGGGAUGCGCUUCCUCCUCAACCAGCAGAUCUGCCCUGUCCUCUACCACGCAGGGACGGUCCUGCUCAACUCCCUCCUGGACACCGUGCCUGUGCGCAGUUCUGUGGACGAGCUUGUUGGCAUUGACUAUUCCCUCAUGAAGGAUCCUGUGGCUUCCACCAGCAACCUGGACAUGGACUUCCGGGGGGCCUUCUUCCCCCUGACUGAGAGGAACUGGAGCCUCCCCAACCGGGCAGUGGAGCCCCAGCUGCAGGAGGAAGAGCGGAUGGUGUAUGUGGCCUUCUCUGAGUUCUUCUUCGACUCUGCCAUGGAGAGCUACUUCCGGGCGGGGGCCCUGCAGCUGUCGCUGGUGGGGGACAAGGUGCCCCACGACCUGGACAUGCUGCUGAGGGCCACCUACUUUGGGAGCAUUGUCCUGCUGAGCCCAGCAGUGAUUGACUCCCCAUUGAAGCUGGAGCUGCGGGUCCUGGCCCCACCGCGCUGCACCAUCAAGCCCUCUGGCACCACCAUCUCUGUCACUGCUAGCGUCACCAUUGCCCUGGUCCCACCAGACCAGCCUGAGGUCCAGCUGUCCAGCAUGACUAUGGACGCCCGUCUCAGCGCCAAGAUGGCUCUCCGGGGGAAGGCCCUGCGCACGCAGCUGGACCUGCGCAGGUUCCGAAUCUAUUCCAACCAUUCUGCACUGGAGUCGCUGGCUCUGAUCCCAUUACAGGCCCCUCUGAAGACCAUGCUGCAGAUUGGGGUGAUGCCCAUGCUCAAUGAGCGGACCUGGCGUGGGGUGCAGAUCCCACUACCUGAGGGCAUCGACUUUGUGCGUGAGGUGGUGAUGAACCAUGCGGGAUUCCUCACCAUCGGGGCUGAUCUCCACUUUGCUAAAGGGCUGCGAGAGGUGAUUGAGAAGAACCGGCCUGCCGAUGUCAGGGCGUCCACUGCCCCCCCACCGUCCACAGCAGCUGUCUGAGCCCUCAACCCCCAAGCUGGCAGCUGUCAUUCAGGACCCCAACCCCUCUCAGCCCCUGUUUUCCCACAUUCAUAGCCUGUAGUGCCCCUCUAACCCCCAGUGCCACAGAGAAGACGGGGUUUGAAGCUGUACCCAAUUUAAUUCCAUAAUCAGUCAAUCUAUCAAUUACAGUCCGUCCACCACC